CAAGAACCGACGGCCCGGGGCAAGAUUCGGACGAUGGCGGACGUGCAGGCGUUUCCCCCGGACGGCUUAGAGGACGCCCUCCUGGGCGACCGGCCGGCCGAGGCCCCGGCGCGACCGCGCACGGGGAAGCCGCCGGUGGUCGGCAAGGUAGCCUCUUACCCGAGGCAAGGAGAGUACGACGCGGACCUCGGAUCACGCGGUGGCGGCGGCGGCCCGGGCGGCGCCGGCGGGCUGGCCGGCGACCAACAACAGCCGCCUCCCCGCCGCGAGAGGCCGCCUCCGUGGGGCUUCUACGGUUUCGUGACCGCGCUCGCGCUGGGCGCCGUCUUGGCCGGCGCGCUGCUCGGCAACUCGAUGAACGACGUGGCCAGCGCGCAGGCCGCCGCCCGGAGGAGCGCUGCCGAGGAGGACGGCUCCACGGUGGCCGAGAGCGAGGAGACGUCACCGCCGACGGCCAAGUACCGCCCUGGCACAACCACCACCACCACCGCCAAGACCACGCCAUCCGGCAUCACUAACAAACGGGCUAGGACGACCAAGAGGACCACUCGUACGGCGCCGCCGGCCGCGACGUUGGAGGGGAGCGCCGAAGACGAGACCGAGGAGGCGACGACUACCACGCGCAAGCAAAAGAAGAAGACUACGACCACGCGCGCCGGCCGCACCGCUGUCGUCCGGCGGCGCCGGCGAAAGACCACGGUCGCGGCCAAAGCCGAGGACUGACGCCGCCUCCGGACGCUGGGCCGCCUGCCGUGUUUGACCCGAGAGAGGCGCAAUAAAUAGAGAGAUUUAGAA